AUACAUUCUCGUACGCAAUUCACGUUUCGGAAUAUAACGAGUCUUCUUUAAUUCUUUCAAUGAGUUCCCAGUUAUCCACAUUAAGAACGGAGGUGGAAAAACUUAUGAAAGAUGGAGUUGAUAAGGAGUUGGCUAUAAAAUCUCUCGGAUUGGAGUUGGAAGGACAGAGGAAAUGUGACGCUGAUAAGGAAACGAUUAAUCAUCUUCUUAAAGCGGAGGUGGAACGACAGGGAAAGUUGAUAGAUGAACUUGCUAAGGAUCGCCAAGAAAAGUUAAUUGAUGGACUUGUUAAGUUGACAGACAUUGAAGUUCUUAAAAAGGGGCAGGAUCGACUGAAGAAAGAAGCAGAUGAUAACGAGUCGGAAAUACAAUCACUCAGAGUGGAUCUGGAAUCGACUAAUCAACUACUCAGAGCAGAGGUGGAACGACAGGGAAAGUUGAUAGAAGAACUUAUUAUUAAAUCGAAUAAUCAAGAAAAGGGGUUUAACCCACACAAUUGUACCGAGGCCAAGACAAGUGGGAUAUAUAACAUAGUUCUUCCCAACUUUAGUAGUCAACCAUUUAAAGUUGCCUGUGACGCGGGAACUCGGGGAGGGGGAUGGACCAUCAUCUUGAGGCGGAUGGACGGCAGUGUCGAAUUUCAUCGUAGCUGGACUGAAUACAAAAAUGGAUUUGGAGAGCUGAGUGGAGAGUUCUUCUUGGGACUGGACAAAAUCCAUGCAAUCACGGCAGAGCGGAGACAGGAAUUACUAAUACUUCUUGAGGACUUUGAAGGAGAUGAGAGAUUUGAGACAUACGAUGAAUUUGAAAUCGGUGACGAGGAUCAACAAUAUGUCUUACACACUCUGGGCAUAGCCAAUGGAACUGCUGGUGAUUCCUUUUCAGAACAUAAAGGUUCGAAAUUUUCAACAUUUGACCGGGAUAAUGAUCCCCAUCCAUCGACACACUGCGCCGAAAAAUACAAUGGUGCCUGGUGGUAUCCUAAAGGUUGUCACGCAUGCAAGUUGACCGGCAGAUAUAAGGACAACACAGUUGGCAAAGGCAUCAAUUGGAGCAAUUUUCAUGGUUACGAUUACUCACUCAAGAAAGCCGUAAUGAUGAUACGCCCAAAGAAAGUGAUAUAAAAAGCUGUUUCAACAUCAAAAUUAAAUGCCUUGUGAGAUGUGUUAUUCGAAUAUGCAAAUUAAAUUUAAAUAAAGUUAAUUGACGUUCUGCUUUCAUCUCA